UAUAUGUUGACAACAGACACUUUGCAUGUGUUUCUAAGUGUCAAGGAAAGUGAUGUUCAGUUUGUUUUUGUAGUUGAAACCUUUAAUAUAAUUUUAGUGUCGUAUGAUUUUAGUCUGAGGGUACUGCAGACGUAUUAAUCUAUGGGAAGAAGAAAAAUUAUUAUAUCUGAGCAAAAUGUCGAAUGUUUUAUGGUGGUGAUUCAGGGUCUGACGUGACGUUUGUGUAGAAAUUAAUCUACCUGAUGCGGUAAUUUAUUAACAUCAAUAGUACAGAAUGUCCCACUUACCAGAGAGACGUAAGAAAAGCAAAAAUUCCGGUAUAGGAAGACGAAAUUCAAAAGCACUGUCAGGUUCUUCUAGCAGUUAUGAGAAAGAAUCUUCGGAGAACGAUGGUCCUGUCCCUGUAUCACUCCAUUCUGGACAUAGAUCAAGUGACAAAGGAACAAUACCUGAUACAAAAGGUGAAACGACAGGAAGUAAAUUCAGCAGUUAUUUCCCCCUUGCUAGUGGAGAGCCAGUGAAAGAGGUUCUAGCGUCGCAAGAUACGCAGGAAGUUUUUUUGACGAGUUCAGAUGGUGGCGUUGGUCGAGUACCGUCACCGUCGUCAGCAUCGAGCGUUGCUUCUGCUCGACGCCUAGAAUGGGAUAGCGGUGCUGAUGUUGGGUACAACCUACAUUAUACAGAUGAUACCAGGAAUGAUGAGAAGCGCCUGAGCACAAUUGAAAGGCUGGCCCUUGCACAAGGCCAUUUAGCCGUGUUUCCAGAGAGGUCUGAGCCAGAAGGGAAAUCUGGACCCACUGCAGUAAUAAAUACCAUGACACCAGGGACAAGUGUUAAAUCUACUGCAUCAAGAACUGCCGCUGCACACUCUACACCAAUUGAUACAUCACAGAUUAGAAGUGCUACCCUGUGUACAACUAAAAGUGAAAAUGAUAUUACACCAAUUAUACAACUUGAUAAUAAAGUGCUUCUGCAGAAUGUAAACCAAAGCUGUAGUCAUUCUGAUGCAUCAGUUCGAGAAAACAAAAGUGAAGGAAGGAAACUGGAAAUGUCAGAAGUCAAAGAGACAGUACAAACAACCCUAGAAAAGGAGGACAAUAGAUGUGCUGAGAACUGUAAUCUGGAAAGAACAGGAAGCUGCUCAUUGGUAGAUUUAAGACCAAAUCAGUUGUCGGAUGAAAAAGUAAGUCCUAACCUCCAUAGAAGCCAGAGUGACAUAAAUCUCUUGCUGAAACCAUCAGAUUGCAAUACACAGAAACCAGAGGUACAAUUUGGAAUUCAUAAUCCUCAUGCCAAUAAUCUAGCUAUGGCUGCAGCCCACUCAGCUUCAUCAUCUUCCAUAGCAACAAUUGUAAAUAACAGACCUCCACAAAGAAAACCUGACAGUUUGAAAAAUCUGGGAAAAGUAUCUAUGUCCAUUCAGACAGAUCACAAUGCAUUAUCUCACAGUGGUAGCUCAUCUCAGGCUAGUGAUACCCCUGUAAGUAGUAGGAGUUGUAAAGAAAGAUUAAUGGCCUCCAACAAUGUUGACAGAGUCUUGAUUGGUGCAGAAAGUAUUGAAUUUGUGAAAGGAAAGCAGUAUGUUGCUGACAAGACUGUUAGCAAUUUUGGAAUACAAACUGAGUUAUCUAGCAGCAUUGUUCAAGUGCAAAGGGAGGGGAGAAAGUAUGAAGAUGAUAAAUGUAGUCACUGUCCAGGUAGAACUUGCAAAGGGGCUCACAAGAAAGUUCAUGGACAACAGAGGCCAGAUACAGACACUCUUGUAAAAGAACGAGACAGAAAUCCAUGCCUCGGUGGUGUAAUUCAAACUGUACAGUCAGAAGCUUCAAGGUGUGCCACAAAUGGAGCAGAACAAUCACAUGAAACAACAGUGAGUGCUUCUAAUAUCAAUCAAGCAAUUUCUUCGGGAAUGACAGUUGAGGUGAGUGGAGCAAUUGACAGUGCCAACAGCUUUGAGUAUGUGCCAGGAGAAAUUUAUCAAAGGCAUAUAAACAACAGAGCUGAUACUGUCAAAAACUUUAGCCCAGGAGAGGAGAGACCACAUUCUGCUCCAUCUGAUGUGACAUCAGCAUGUACAAAAUCUGAUGUCACUGAUAGUGGUGAAGUACAGGCAUCUGGUGCUAGUACACUAGCUCGUGAUUUGGAAAAGAGUGUUCAGAUGUUGCAAAAACUGGUGGAAAAUCACAAAUCAGAUGCUGCACUGCGGAAGAAGCUAGUACGAUCCGUUGUAGACAAGCUUGUUAGCAGCAAUUAUGAUGAUGAUCAAGACGAUGAUCGUGAGAGACCAAGUAAGCAGGAGGUUUUGAGACAGAAAAGUGAUAUGAUUUACAUGGGAAAUGUGCAGGAACAAUUCCAGAGGUCAUCUCGAAGUGUGGGUGUUGGCUGCUCUAGCAAGUCCUUGUCAUCAUCAAAUCAGUCAACACAGUCACAGUCACAGACACCUAGUACAAGUAGAUGUGUCGGGCAAGGACAUUCCACUCUGAAGAAAGUGCACCCGAUGGUGUCCCUCUCCACCACAAGUGGCAGUGUGUCAUUACCUGUUCCUGCGGAUAGUUGCACUGAUGCAACACCUGGUGAUGAGUAUUACAGUUCCUCUCUUACAAAUUCUUCAGCGAGUAAUAGGAACCGAAUGCACUGGAGACAGAUGAAAACAGUAUCGGAACAAGGAUUUGACAAGCAGCAUUCAAAGUCCGAUGAAUCUGCUUUGAAAUCACAGCUGCUCAAAUUUUGUGAAACAGAGCGAGGGAAUCAACUGUCAUGGAUUCAGUUUGAAAUCGAACAUCUCUCUAAUUUGAAACAGUUUUUAAUGGGCCAGAAGAGUUUAACAAGAAGCCUGGAAAGUCUGUAUGAAAAUAGGCAGAAAUUACCAACAAGGCAGUUUACCAAAUGUGCUUCUGCUACCCAAACAUCAUUCAGGACUGGUGAUCAUGAAGCUCCUUCUCGCAGUUCAUCACAAGACGUAACUGGCGCUGAAAAUGCAGACAAACCAAAAUGUCAUGUACAUAGUAAAAAUGUACCAAACAAAUUAGCUCGGGAGGAGCUGAAUGGAGGUGGUUUCUCUAAACCAGUGUCAGUAAAUCAAGGUGUAAGACCGUAUUCCCAGCAGAGAGGUGCAGGUAUUUUAACAGAGAAGCAGCACAUUCGUACAAAGCAUGUGGAUCUAGUAAUUGAUAUGAAGUUGAAAUCUGGAGAUAGAACACUGGUUUCAAGAACAGAGAAACUUGAGUUGCCAGGUUCUUGUAGUGGUGAUUUUGUUUCUCUGGAAACUCCUUCUCAGAAAACUCCAGUUACAGAUGAAAGUGGAAGUGUGGAAAGAGGAAGACUAAAUGUGUUUGUUCAAACACAGAAACAGGCAAAAACAGCAAACCAAAUGCACGAUUUUUCCUCAGAUUUUAAGAAUUUAAACCAUAAAGAAAAUAUACAGUUUGUGGAGAGCAAUAGGCAACAAAAUAGAGUUGAGAGAGCUCCAAUGUGCUGCUGUGAAUGCAAAAGGGAGUUGGAUCUUAUAGCAAAAGCUGUGAAAUCAGCAAAGGAAAACCAUUUUUCAAAACACAAAGCAGCAGCAGAGUCAGGUAUUUCAAAGAAGGAGUGUACACAGUAUGAGAAUUCAUAUAGAAAUUACAAAGUGGAGAAAGGAAGAGUUAUCAAUAAAGAUGGCAGUAGUCAGAGUACUGUUGGCUCUUCAUCACCAGUAAUUUCAGACAACUCUUCUCACGCAGUUUUUUAUCAGGGUGUUGGGCAGUUGGGAAUGGUCUCAGGAGGCACUGAUACAGCUGAUAAUUUAUCUUUAGCUUCAGCCAAACCUGUUUUCUCUGCAUCAAGAAGUACUAAUGUGAGGAGAAAGCACUUAAAUAUGAAUGGCAGUAAAAAGCCUUUGAAAAUAGAUAAAGGAGAACAAGUAAAUGGGCACAGUUUGGGAGCUCCUGCUACAUCUGAUAUCUCUGUGCAGGUUACAUCUGAUAGUAUACUCAGUGGUUACAAAAAUGCUGCAGGAAACAGAAGUGGUGGUUCAGGUGAUCAUGUUGUGAAAUGUGAUAAUGAAACCAGUGAAAGUAAGCGAAGUAAGAAUGCUCACUGUGAUAGAGAGAAGAAACUGGAUGAUUGCCAAAUGCCAGUAGAAAUUACUGGUUUUGGACAGAAAAGACAAAUGUGCCCUUGUUGUAAAAAAAGUGUGUCAGAAGAAAGUGUGUAUGCAUUAUCACAACAAUUCCUUGUGAAUUCUAGUCAACAAAAAGCAUGUCCUUGCUGCUAUGUCCUACAGAAAUAUUCCCAAAAAUCUGAAAGGGAAAUAGAAUCUCAAAAAACAGUUCAUUUAGUUUCUGAAGAUGUGCAUUCAAACAAUUCAAAUCAGAAUAAUUCUGGCAAAACAGAUGAAAUAAACAAUAACACACAGAAAGAAAAUGAAGAACAUUUUGACAUUGAUGAAGUUUCGAACUCUCCAGAUGGAGACUGUAAGCCACUUGCUUACAUUUUGGCGUUUGAACCUGCAGCUCCAAAUGCAGCAAAAAGAGAGGAAGAAAUGAGAAGAAAGUCAUUGGAGGUAAUAAAAGUUAAAGUUCCUUUGCUGCGACCACCCAAGAAAGGAGAAAUUACAACUACAGGAAACCAUUGGGGCAAUAUCCAGAAAGGAAAAGAAGGUAGCAAUCCAAUUAAUGAUGAAAAAUUAGGUCAUUCUGCUAGUUUUAGGGAUAGGGGAGCAACAGAGCAGAAAAUCUAUAAGACAACAUUGCAGGAGUUACUACGGUCUCGCCGUCCUGAUUAUGUGCAGAAUGCAGAAGAGAGGCGACACUGUGUUGCAGAGAUGACACGUCUUCGUGAGCAGCGGUUGCAAGAGUGUCGUAAUUUGCUAGCUGCAGGCUUAGCCCCUCCACCACCACCACCUCCAUCAUCUGUGGCAUCAGAGGUUCUUGUUAAUCGACGUCGAGUGUUCACCCAGAAACAGAUGAAAAGUUUGACGAAGCGGCACUAUCGUCUUUUACCAGAGACACAAAACAAAAAUUCAGAACGAAAGCGUAAGCAAGAUUUCCGCACCAAUAGACUUAUGGCUGAAAUAUUUGCCAGGAAACUUCAGAGGAGGGUCUUGAAAGGAGAAGUGAAUUUAUCAAACAGUGUCACUGUUAUAUCAAGCUCAGCCUGAAAUUUUGCAUCUCCUUUCAGGACAUACCUACCAACUCGUAUGUUAACUGUCAUUCUGGGCUUCCAACGUGGAAACAAAUUAAUGCUCAGCUAAGCUGUGUUCUGCUGUAAAGAAGGCUAUUUGUUUAUGUUAGCUUGGAGAACGUCAACAAAAAUGUUUUGUACAGCCAUAUUCAUUUGUUAUAUCGUCACUCAUGAUGACUGUUAUGUUAUUACAUGACUCUACAAUAUUUUAUAUGACUUUAUGGAUUAAAGAAUCAUGUUAC